AUGAUGGAAAGAGUAUAUGAUACACAGGACGGAUUAUUUGAUGUAGCAUGGAGUGAAAUCAAUGAAAAUCAAUUAGUGGCUUCUAGUGGUGAUGGAUCUAUCAAAAUGUGGGAUGCUACCUUGACGGAUUUCCCUAUUCAAAAUUGGAAAGAACAUCAACGAGAAGUGUUUUCAGUCGAUUGGAAUCUUAUCACAAAAGAUGUAUUUUCUAGUGGUUCAUGGGAUCAUACUGUCAAAAUCUGGAAUCCUCAAGCACCAAGAUCAUUACAAACAUAUACAGAACAUACUCAUUGUGUUUAUAGUACGGCAUGGUCACCAUAUAAUCCAACAGUAUUAAUGUCAGGGUCAGGAGAUCAAACAGUGAAAAUUUGGGAUACCAAGAGUCCACGAUCGGUACAGACGUUAUUUGCCCACAACAAUGAGGUGCUUUCGGUGGAUUGGAAUAAGUACAACCAAGACAUGCUGGUCACUGGCUCGGUGGAUAAGACAGUCAAGGUAUGGGAUUUGCGCAAUCCUUCAAGAGAAGUGGUGUGUCUUCCUGGUCAUGAAUAUGCUGUACGCAAAGUCAAGUGUUCUCCUCAUCGUGCCAACAUCAUUGCAAGUGCCGCCUAUGACAUGAGUGUACGCUUUUGGGAUAUUAACGCACCUCCUGGUCAAAAUUUGAUCGAUGUACACGAUGCUCAUACCGAAUUUGUCUUGGGUGUCGAUUGGAAUCUUUAUGUUGAAGGUCAAGUCGCUACCUGUGCCUGGGAUGAAAAUGUGCAUGUCUUUAUUCCCCCUACCAUUUUACAACGAUGA